GUCUGUUACCAGUUUACUUCGUAGGAUUUACAAAGGUAAUUUAGUAUAACCGUGAUUGACACUGACAGUAGACAUCGACAAGCGUGAUAUACAUGCUACGAACAGAACACGGAUACACUUUAACUGUAACCGCGCAGUUUUAGAUAAAGGAGCUAAAAAAAAAUAGAAAUUGUAUUACUUCAUCGUAAACCACCGGCCGUUAUCAACCAGUGCCUUCUAUCAGGGAGUUCGUGAAGAAGUGACGACGGUUUCUACACUUUUACAUUUGGUGCCUGGACUGGUCGAGUCAUUGAGUGUCUUUAUGUGACAGUUGCGCUAUUUGCCCGUUUGCUUUCGAGAUGGCAGAAUUACCACCGACGCAACAGUUGGUUGAUAUUGACCCGGAUUUCGAGCCGCUCUCCCGCCCCCGGUCAUGCACCUGGCCUCUGCCUCGACCGGAGUUCAUCGAAGCCGCCAGCUCGAACACAUCUUCACCGGCGCCUUCAGUCAAGCAGGAGCCUGUCGAAUACAUUAGUAACCUCAGUUUGUUAGAGGAGUCAGAGGACUACCCGGAGGAUGAGAAACGGCUCGUUUUGUGCAAUGAUUUUCAAUGCCAGGAGAAAUGCAUACACCAGCAACAGCAGCAACAACAUCAUCCACAGCAGUUACAGAAACACCCGGGUACUCUGCUGCCACACCAGCAACAGGUGCCCCCGCUCUCGUCCCCCGUCGGGUCGAAUUCGGUGGCGGCUGCCGCUGCUGCGCAGAGGAAAAGCAGCUCGUCGCGUCGGAACGCGUGGGGGAAUAUGUCCUACGCGGACCUCAUCACCAAGGCGAUAGAGAGCGCACCCGAGAAGCGACUCACCUUGUCUCAGAUCUAUGACUGGAUGGUGAAGAGCGUGCCAUAUUUUAAGGAUAAAGGAGACAGUAAUAGCUCUGCAGGUUGGAAGAACUCCAUCCGCCACAACCUGUCCCUCCACAGUCGUUUUGUUCGUGUGCAGAACGAGGGGACGGGGAAGAGCUCCUGGUGGAUGCUGAACCCCGAGGGAGGGAAGAGCGGGAAGUCCCCCCGACGUAGAGCUGCCUCCAUGGACAACAACAGCAAAUUCACCAAGAGCAGAGGACGGGCUGCCAAGAAGAAGGUGGCUCUCCAGGUGGAUGGGGGUGCAGACAGCCCGGGAGGCUUCCAGUACUCCAAGUGGCUCGGAAGCCCCAACUCCCAUAGCCACAGCAACGACGACUUCGAGGCCUGGACCACCUUCCGGACGCGCACCAGCUCCGACGCCUCCACCCUCUCUGGCCGUCGCUCUCCCUUCCUGGAACAGGAGGUCGACCUAUCAGAGGCUGACGUCCACAUGGGCUACCCCGGAGGGGUGGGGCCUAAAAUGACCUCCAUGGCCACCCUGCCUAGCCUAUCAGAGGUGGGCCUGGCCGACUCCAUGGGUGGUCAUCACCACGGCCACCACGGAACAGAGAACGUGAUGGAUAGCCUCCUUGACAACCUCAACCUGCUGUCCCCCAAGAAUCAAACCCAGCUGGGGGUAGGCGGUGGUCCUGGGUCUGGGCCUGACUCCUCCCGGUCCUCUCCCUCCUCCAAGCUGCAGAACAGCCCUUAUAGCUCCCCCUCCAUGACCCCUCACCCCCAGCCCCAACAGCAGGACUAUAGGAAGUGCCACUACGGCCAGGCCGGGCCAGGGAUGAAUAGCCCACAUCUCUCUCCCAUCCCCAUGCAGACGCUGCAAGAGAGCAAGUCGCCAGGGUCCUUCGCACCCUUCCUGAGCCAUUACAACUGCCCUGCUGGGCUACUCAAGGAGCUGUUGACCUCUGACGUAGCCGACCCUCAUUGUGGUGGGGAGGCCAUGCCCUCCAUGGAGACUGUAGUGUCCCAGUCUGGGAGAGGAGGAGGAGGGCGGAUGCUUCCCAACUACAGCAGCCAGGUGCAGGUAGGACAGGUAGGGGGGCACGGGGGCGUGAAGAUAAUGAGUCCCCCACCUCAGCAACACCCACAGCACCCUCAGUCACAUCCUCACCCUCACCCGCGGCCCCUCCACAGCCAGGGCCCUCCCCUCUCUGGGCCCUCCAUGAACAGCUGUGGCCUGAUUCCCCUGACCAGCCUGAACCACGCCGGAGGCCCAGCCCGUCUUGCCAGCCUCAGGACACACAUCCACCAGCUACAGCAGCAGCCACGCGGUGGUGGUGGGGGUCACCCAGCCUCAGGCCACCAAAACCACAGUCCCCACCACAGCGGAGCUCCUCCACCCAGCUACGGCAGCAGUGCUAAUGGUUAUGUGAGGCCGGGUCUAGGCCACGGCCACAGCUCUGCUCAUCCCCAGGCUCACCAUCACCACCAAUAUCACAACCAUCAUCAGGAGAGGCUGCCUAGUGAUCUAGACGACAUGUCCAUCGAGAGGUUUGAGUGUGACAUGGAGUCUGUUCUUCAUGACACGCUGAUGGACGGAGACUCGCUGGACUUCAACUUUGACCCCAUGGUAACCUCUCAGGGGUUCAGUCAGGGGGUUGGGGUGAAGACCACCACACACAGCUGGGUGUCUGGCUAGGACACACCCCUCUCAGACAGAUUUUUCACCAUUCACCACUGGCCUUUCACCCUUCGCCACUGGCUUUCAUUGAGAGAAUGGAAAGGUCUAAAGAAACCAUUGCCCCUCUCCACAGGACUAUCAUCAGCCCGUCCCAAUUCUCUCACUAUCCAUUGCAGAUCUGUAAGGUGGAAGAAAUAAUCAAUUUUGUGAAGAUCGAAGGGUAAGGGCCAAGGGGAAGGGCUAGAGAGUGAACCGGGGCUGGCUGAGACUGCUUGUUUGGAGGGAACGUCUCGUCUGAAGUUGGCUUUCUUUGUAAAUACAGCAGCGAUCGACUCGGCCCAAUAUCAUUCACUUCAACAGAACCUGGAAGAAGCUGGAGCCUGAUUUACAAAAAGCUAUGUUUUGUUGUGAAAUAUAUUUUCAUUUUUAUUAUGUUAUUUUCGUUUUUGGGAUCUCACAUUAUGUUUUUGCAAGUGUGUUUCUUUUUUAUGUUCAGUGACAAAAUCACACAAGAUCAGGGCUAGUUUUAGCUCUUCAAAAACAACUGGAAUGGAGUCUGUUCUACUCUACAUUCAAGUGGGGUCAGUCCCACCCCAUCAGGGUGCUUUUCAACAAGGUUGUCAAAAAAGCAUUUGGCAUAUUAUGUAUGAAUAAAAUAGUAGGGAUGUAAAAUAUGCUACAAUACUUCAAACAUAUGUAAUGUAUACUGUGUGUAUAUUUGUGAUGAGGAAUAUUCUUACAUUUUUAUCAUAUUUCCUUUCUCUGUGUGCAUUUAAAAUUCCUUUUUCAUUGCCUCUCAUUGCCUUUCAAAUGACCAAUAUGCUAUGUUGAACCAUCUACCCAGGAACCAAUCCAGCAUAGGGAUAGCCAAAGUCACAGUGAUUCAGUGAUAGGACAAAUCAGACUAGUUCAGUGAUAAUAGAUAUAUGUAUUUUAGUGAUAGGACAAAUCAGACUAGUUCAGUGAUAAUAGAUAUAUGUAUUUUAGUGAUAGGACGAAUCAGAGAAGUGCAGCAAGUGGUUACUAACAUCUCAGUCUAUUCUUACCUCAGCUGUUCAUCACUCUUCCCUUCUCUUGCCCUUCAAGUCGCUUUCGAGUUACGAUUCCUAAUUCCAUCUACUUUUCUCUAAUCAUCAUCUAUCUAAUUGUGACAAUCACACUCUCCCAGGCCUUCAUUCAGCUCGCGUCCCUGACUCCGUUUUCUCACUCCCACCAUUUCCCUCCCACUCUCCUACCCUUUUCUAACUCACCUCUCUUUGUGCCUUAUUACGCUCACUCUCUCUCUUUCUCUCUCUCUCUCUCUCGCCCCCUCUUCCUCUCUUUCUCGGUCUGUGGGUGUGAGGGCGCUGUAUGCAUUAGGAGGGCAGUGAUAAUUUGAGAGGCUGAUAAUGGACUUUAGUUUCUCACAUAACAGUGCUCAACAGCAGAACACCGGAUUUGAGCUUUUCUCCUCCCUAGCAACCCUCCCUCUCUCCCUCCUUUUUUUUUGUAACACACCAAAACGUGUAACCUAAAUCACCUGAUGUGUUAGAGUCGGUGUGCUGAUUCACUGCACCUUUUAUAGUCUCGGAUUUGUGUGAGUAAGUUUGGGAAAGUCAAGGCUUUAUUUGUUACUAGGACUUUGCAUUGUAGUUUAGAAUAAUUCCCUGCGUGACCUGUGAGAAUCUGUGUAGUGCUGGAGUAGCCUGGUCGAGUCUGCACCUAUAGGUUGCCAUUUGGGACUUGACCUAAAUCAGCCAUCUCAAACUCCAGGCACGGGAGCGACUGUAUAUCAGUCCCACAAGAUGCUUUCUUGUGUUCCCCAGAUUAAAAUCGAAUUUGAGUUUGAGGUCUAAAUGGGGUCUAAAUUGAGGUCUAAAUUCCCCUCUUUACCAGCCUCUCCCCCACGUGGCUGUUUACUAAACAUGUUUAAUGAAUGCAAUUUAAGAUGAAUUUAACGCACACUCACACACUCAUACCUCAACUUAUUUGUACCUCUCACCGUUCUGUCACAGUACGUGGGGAUUGGGUAUGUAAAAUGUGAUCCGUAACUUUUUGCUUGAUAUACAGUAUGGAUGGACAUGUUAUUGGUGUUACAAUGGACCGUUCACAAAGCUUACCAGCUAUAUGUGUACUGGGUGAUGUAAUAUCUUUCUUCUUUCACUUUUUGUUGAUUCCAUUUUUUUUUUCUCAAAACAAAAUCCCUAACCUACUUUCAGCAUGUGACCUCACUGUAAAUAAUAAGAAAUUAAUAUGUAGAUUAUUUGAAAUGAAUGAAACAUUUAAGAUAGGGUAGGCAGCACCAAAAGAGACCCUAUUGUGAGAGACUGCCUGUAUUCAAAAUGGUCCUGUAUUCCCUAUAUAGUGCACAUGGGGUUCUGUUCAAAAGUAGUACACUACAUAGGGAAUAUGGUGCCAUUUGAGACCGACACACUAUGUUAGUUCCGGUUUUCAGAUCAUCAUUAUUGAGAAAAUGAUAUCGUAUAAAAUCUUCUUCUUAUUAUCUGAACUUUUUGUCACUAUUUUAUUUGAUCAUAGAUACUCAACAAAAAAUGAAGUAUUCAGCUAAUAUAUUAUGCAAUGAUUUAAGUGCUCUUUUUGUUUCUGGAAACUGACAUUGUUACUUAGCUGCUGUUUAUAUAUAAAAAAACAAAUAACUGAAAGUAGACAUUUUGAAAUUGACUUCGUAAACAACGUAUACACAAAAGAUAACGUGAAUAAAAGUCGGACCAAUUUACGUUUACAAUGUUGCACUUCUAAAGUUUUGUAGUUGCUCAAGUGUUUUGUAUAAUUCGUUUUGACUGUAAAGAUUUGACAGAAAACUGCUUAUCCUCAAACAUAAACAAGUGUUUGGGCCUGUUACAUUUCUUAAUUUAUGUACAGAAAGUAAAAUGUAUUUUGAUAUUUGUCUGAGAUUUGCCAUAAAAGUACAAUGAGAUUUGUUUAUGAAUUACAAAUGAUCUACAGUGGGGUCCGGAAUUAUUGGAUCUCUUAAUAAAGAUAUGUUUCUUUGAAUAAAGUAUG